AGKGCACAUAGACAAUGACGUCAUUGACAGCCAAUUAGGGGAGCCGUAUAGUGAUAAAUUCAAAAUCUGCGAUUUAGCGAAUAAAUCACUGUCUACUCAAACACAAGAAAGCUAAAUAGCCUAAAUCUGAGCACGUGUGAUGCCAUUUCGCCUCGAAGAUGACGCGAGGACACAUUUUGGGGAAGUAAGACGCUGGUCGCUGAUUCAGCGGGAAGAAACAAGAGUCAAUUGAAGAGUGCUACAUGUAUAGUUGGGAGAACAACUUUAAAAACAGGAGCUCAAGUGAAAAUUGGUUUUCUCAAUAAUGGCAGAGAACUGUAUACCCGGUGCAGUAUCUUUCAAUGUGAACUCCGGUUUCACUGAAAACGACCAAACAUCCAUCGAAGUAACGUCAACAAUUAACCAUGAAGAGACAAUCAAAGAAUCACAACAAGGCAUCACGAAAGAUCGUUACUCGAGUACGUUUAAUUCAAAUUCAUCAUUCCUUGGAUCUCCUAGUGUGAAUCAUUGCCUSGUGGUCAAAAAUACUCAUUGGUAUAGCCUACGCGGAAAGACUCUCCCUGUCACACUGAUGUUGCUAUUGAUGUAUGUAAUCCUCGGAAUUAUUUUUCUACCUUUUAUCAUAAUUCCUCUAAUGAUAUGCUGUGUCAGUUAUUUUACACCGGAGACUUUUGAUCAACUCAAGCAGGACAAGUCGUUGGAAGUUGAUCGGAAUCGGAAAAGUAUCGGUCUGGAUUCGUAUCAUGACAGACAAACAAAACAUAAUGUGCGUGAACAAGUUACAUGUAAAAUCUAUCCGUCGGAAAGUAUAAAUGGGAAGAGUUUUGGUAGAGACUCGUCUUAUGAGAGCAAAGCAGAUGGACAGGCAAAAGUGUAGACGUCGGAAAGUGAUCGGAAAAGGUGUCGGUUGGGUCUCGUAUCGUGAGAUCCAAGAUGCCAAGAUGUCACUUUGAGUUUGGCAAGGCGGAUACAAGCGUUCAGGAUAUGAAAAAUACAAUUUUGGAGAAUAUGUCCAACCUUUUAAUUCGUUAUUCUACGUUCGUUGCUCUUUGUAAUUUAGGAACAAAUAAUAAACAAAAACAAAAAAAUGAAUAAUAAAGAUAUAGAUAAAGAAAUAAAGAAAAUUAAUAAAG